ACGGUGACACGGAGGACGACAGACCCACCAUGGGGACUCUCUGGUACUCUCGACAGAAAACAUGGGCACAUGUACAGACCCGGCGGUCUUAUCCUGAGUUUGUUGCUGAAUUUGAUCGAUUGACCCCAGAAGACAUUGUGUGGGAACCAUACAGUCAUUCGGCUAUAGCCGCACGUGCACCGCUUGGGAUAUCUUCGGUGUGCACACAGGACCAGGACCUAUGGAUGACUAUUGCAGCUUUGGUGUACGACGUUGCAGUUGAGGCCCACUGCCCGGAUAGAGUCAUGAGGCAGUUCGGUCGACGCUAGUCUUUCCCUGUGCCUUCAGCGUUGGAUCGUGUUCAGCGCCACGAUCAUAAGUAACAAAAAUUUAUGGGCACCCAUGUACUAAUAACGUGAAAGUAAUUUCUAUUUAAC